UUACGACUGGACAACAAAAGCACGUGAUGUGAAGCCGUACCCCAUAUUUGGGUGCCUACGUAGGAGGGAACCAAGUACAUGUCCCAGUCAUUUCCAUAAUUCAUCAUAAAUUGUGCAAGGGUGCUAUAGACGCACAAAACGACCAAGAGCCACAAAUCAAGCACACAUAUCAAAAAACAAAUGAGCUCUUAUUUUGUAAACUCAUUUUGCGGUCGCUAUCCAAAUGGCCCGGACUACCAGUUACAUAAUUAUGGAGAUCACAGCUCGGUGAGCGAGCAAUACAGGGACUCCGCCAGCAUGCACUCCGGCAGGUACGGAUACGGCUACAAUGGCAUGGACCUCAGCGUCGGGCGCUCUGCUUCUACCCACUUUGGUGCCAAUGAGAGACCCCGCAGUUACCCGGCCAACACCACCUCUGCCUCGACAGAGCCCAGGUACAACCAGCCCGCGACGUCUUCCCACUCGCCUCCCCCUGACCCUCUGCCCUGCACCGCCGUGGCCGGUUCGCCUGUCAGCGAGAGUCACCACGGGGUGAAAAACUCCCUCGCCAACUCCACCAGCACUUCGUCCAAUUCCAGCAGCAACACGCACAUCAGCAGAGACGGGGUUGGCACCUCGUCUGGGACUGAGGAAGACACUCCAGCAAGCAGCGAGCAGGCAAGUGCCCCGACCGACCAAAGCACAGCCCAGCCUUCACAGCCCCAGAUCUACCCCUGGAUGCGAAAACUGCACAUAAGUCAUGACAACAUAGGGGGACCAGAAGGGAAAAGGGCUCGGACUGCUUACACCCGCUAUCAGACCUUGGAGCUCGAAAAGGAAUUUCACUUCAAUAGAUACCUGACCCGCAGAAGAAGGAUUGAAAUAGCACAUGCUCUUUGCCUCUCAGAGAGACAAAUAAAGAUCUGGUUCCAAAACAGGAGAAUGAAAUGGAAAAAGGAUAAUAAGCUGAAAAGUAUGAGCAUGGCAGCUGCAGGAGGGGCAUUCCGUCCCUAAGCGUUUGAUCAAUUAAAAGUACUGAGCAGUAUUAGCUGACCCUGCGUCGUCUCAUGUCAGUACUAAGUUGACUUUCUAAAACUUCCUUGUGUUACUUCUGUGAAGAAACCCUGUUCUUGUCGCCCUUAUUCAUCUUUUAAUCAUGAGCCUGUUUAUUACCAUUCUCUCGCGUGUAUAAGUAGAUCUGCUUUUAUCGUACAUUUCUUUGUCUUGAAUGGCUUUGUCUUGAAAAAAAUAAUAGAUGUUUUAACUUAUUUAUAUGAAGCGAGCUGUGUUACUUGAAGUAACUGUUAAAACAAAACAAAACUAAACAAAAAAGAACAAAAAGGAAAAAAAAAAAAGAAGUUAAAAAAAAAGGAGAGAGAGAAAGGAAACCCUCCCCCGGUUUAGUACAAAUGUUAUGUGUUGCACUCAACCUGCUUAACUGUGCAUGUGUGGUCAAGUGUUAAUGUCUGUAUAGCUCCAAGCUGUUAAAAAUAUUUUUAUUCAAACUACCUAUAUAAUUCCUGUGUAAUUAAUGCUGUUGUAGAGGUGAAAUGAUGAAAUCAACUGAACUUGUCCUACGUGUAGUGAAUAGUGAAUCUGUGACGAAAACUGUGAUUCCAAGCAGUAUGUCCUUGCUGUGCCUUUGUAUAUGACUCUUUGCACGAACUCUUAGAAGUGGCUCUUAUUAAGCGCAGCUUCUGUGAUGUAUGUUUUUUGUGAACAAAGUUACAAAUAUAGUCAAAGUCUGGCUGUUUGAGCAAACUGUGAUCAGCUUUUUUUUUAUUAUUAUUAUUAUUAUUUGUUUUUAAAAAAACC